AUGCCUUCCACCAAUCCCUCCUCCUCCUCAUCCGCCGGCGACAUCAGCGACGCCGCCGCCGCGGCCGCCCUCUCGAGGCCCGCCGCAUAUCGGGUCACCUCGUCCCUCCUUACCCAGGACGCGGUCGAUGCCCUGCGCAGGAAGCACGGCGUGCCGACCGCCUACACCGCGCGCCCCGCUGGCGACCGGCGCGCCUUCACUCCGCCUCCAGAGCGGGCCGUGUGCCUGUACGCGCACGCUCUCGAGGCCGGGGUGCGCCUCCCGCUGCACAGCUUCUUCUCCAAGGUGCUCACCCACUUCAACCUCGCGCCAGGCCAGCUCGUGCAUAGCGGGUGGCGCGUCCUUGUGGGGUUCGUGGUGUUCUGCCGCGAUGCCGGCGUGAAGCCAUCGACGACCGUAUUCCGCUACUUUUUCUCGCUGGUCACAUACAAGUCCGGGUGCUGGUACGGCUUCCGAGCUGACCACGACGACCGCAAGCUCUUCACUGGGUAUUGUCUGGAAUCCGAGGAGACGUGGAAGGGCAGGUUCUUCUUCCUGACAUCGCCGGAGCCAUGGCCCUGCCCCGUGCUUUGGGCCGAGCGGCCGUCGAAGUACAACUACUCCAGCAGCGUCCCUGAGCGAGUGCUCACAAGCCGGCAAAAGAGAAUGGCGGCAAAGCUACUGGGCGCACGCAGCACCGCGGUUGAUCUCCGGACUUACCUCUCUGAUACCAAACUUGCAGAGGUUUUCUCUUCCAGCAUCGCCUCACCACCGCCCGGGCCUGCCCUUCAUUCCACUGGCGGCAAAGGCACGGAUACGUCCGCGGCGACUGUGAAACCUGAGCCGGACGGCGACGCGCCGACGGUGUCCCUGAAAAAGAGGAAACACGAGGAGGCAGCUAUGGCAAAAGACGACCUUUGCCGUUCUGAGCAGAGCACGCCGCAUGCUGCCCAUGGCUGCUCGGCCUCCGCAUCCGGCUUGGGUGCCCCGCCAGGUUUCGACCCGAAGGCACGGCACCUGCCCGUGCCCGACACACACGACGGCGACAGCGCCGACUGGGAGGCCGCGAAGAAGGUGCUAGAGUGCAUCACCACGCCGUCGCGGGAGCGUGGGUUCGCCGCUGCAACGCCCUCCGACGUCGUCGCGUCGAGCUACUCCGCAAUGCUCCAGGCCGCGAACUACGCGUCAUUCUCCUUCGGCUAUGCACUGGAGCUGGAGAAGAAGCUGGCUGCGCGGGACAAAGAGAAUGCCGCUCUAUGA